UGCCUUCGGGCCCCCAAAUCAGUGUACCAUCUGACAAACCUAAACCUAAUAAUGGCGGACUCCAAAAUAUCUGCCGUUUCCGCAUUCCUCCAAAUCCCACACCGAUUCAUCGUUGCUACACAGAAUCGAUCGUAAUGGAGAACGGGAGAAAGCCAGGGAGGAGCGACGCUCGGCUGUCGAUGGAGGAAGAAAGARAAAUGGAGUCCAAAACCAGGGACUACUUCAAUGGCGUCGCGCCGAAGCGCCACACCAAGCCUCAGCGCAGCGAAUUCUCUGCUCAGUACGCCGACAAAGUAACUGGCGACGACGAUUACAUUCCUGAACUCGCUGAAUUUCAGCGCCUCGAAUCCGAUCCUCGCGAGAGACUUGAUUAUGAUGGGCGUAACGCCAACAUCUCUGAGGAAUUUGUGGAGACGAAGUAUUAUGAGGAUCUCAAUUGUGUAGACAAACAACACCACACGACAGGAACAGGUUUCAUAAAAACGGAGGAUGGAGAUGGCAAAAGUUUCAGCCUCGAAGCAGAUUCUGCAACUGGCAUUUGCUGCCAUGAAUCUUGCAGGGGUAACCCUGCGACCAACGACUGGAUUCCGGCCACUAAUGAUCUGUAAUCGACUGAAGCGAUUCCGAUUGAUGAUAUUCAUUCAGGGACAUCAUGUUUCUGGCAAGCCAAAGAGGAGUGACAAUUCGUGAAGAAAAGCAACUUAUUAUUGUCACUCUAUGAUUUUCAGUUUGGUGAAUGGAUGAUAUGUAACUUAAAAUGUGGGCACUUAGCACUAUGCUAUUUAUGUAGGUUUAAAUUUUGCAUUCUUAUGGUGUAUUAGAAAUUUAGAACUAUCAAUUUAGCUGGGUCACUUCUAUUCAUGGUCACUGAGUUGAGCUAAAUGAAUUUUUAUACACGUGUGAUGUGAUUAGGAUAGAUUGGGCUUAAAA